CAAAGUAUAAAUACUGUGACUUCAAUAGAGGAUCACCAGCAGGUUCCCAACUCCGCUACCAAAGGAGGAGGAAUUGGCUGAGAAGAUAUAUCGUUAUAUAUUUUUUACCUUCUUCCAGAGUUGGCAGCAUCACCUCGUAUCAUUUUCAAGGGGUCGACUUUUAAACGAGCCACACCAUUGAUGUCUUAAGCUGUCGUGGAGCAAAGGGAGAGAGUGCGUGAGUGUGUGGUGGCGUGAUUUUCUUUUUUUUUUUUUUUUUUAAGAGGAGGGAAAUCAGUGAUGGAAGAGCUCACCGCUUUCGUGUCUAAGUCUUUCGAUCAGAAAGUGAAGGAGAAGAAGGAAGUGAUAACCUACAGGGAGGUGCUGGAGACCGGGUCGACGCGAACAGGGAGCAGGGAGUCUUUAACCACGGAGCCGGGGAGCCGAGAAGAGGCGGCCGCCGUCACCCGGAACGUUGCGCUCUCGCCGGGCAGGGAAACGGACAUGCUCGGCCCGGAAAGAAUCAGGGACGCCGGGAGCCCAAAACUCAUAGACGGCACCACGGAUGUGAAGGAAAGGAAAGAGGACUCGAAGCCUAUAGAGGACGAGACACAGACUAAAAUCAAACAGAGGAGAAGUCGGACUAACUUCACAUUAGAGCAGCUCAACGAGCUGGAGCGGCUCUUCGACGAGACCCACUACCCGGACGCCUUCAUGCGGGAAGAGCUUAGCCAGCGACUGGGACUGUCGGAGGCCCGAGUACAGGUUUGGUUCCAGAAUAGAAGAGCCAAAUGCAGAAAGCAGGAGAACCAGUUACAUAAAGGAGUCCUGAUUGGAGCAGCGAAUCAGUUUGAAGCUUGUCGUGUAGCGCCAUAUGUCAACGUGGGGGCUUUACGGAUGCCAUUCCAACAGGAUAGUCAUUGCAACGUGCCGCCCUUCUCCUUUCAGGUGCAGGCGCAACUGCAGCUGGACAGCGCCGUGGCCCACGCGCAGCACCACCUGCACUCUCACCUGGCAGCGCACGCGCCCUACAUGAUGUUCCCCGCGCCGCCGUUCGGGCUGCCCCUGGCGACGCUCGCGGCCGAGUCUGCCUCCGCCGCCUCCGUCGUGGCCGCCGCCGCCGCCGCCAAGAACACCAGCAAGAACUCCAGCAUCGCCGACCUGAGACUGAAGGCCAAAAAGCACACGGCCGCGCUGGGACUGUGACGCCAGGAAGACACGUGGAUACGAGGCGUGCACACGCCGUCUGGCACGUCCUCGCGACUGACAGACACUGAACAUAAACGCUUACAAAGUGAAAAAAAAAUUAUCCACGGACGAUAUUUAUGUUUUCUUUCUUUUUUAAAAAAAAAUGAAGGACGACGAGUAUAACUAUAAAAAUAUAGGCUAUUUAUGAGAUGAAGAAAAGAAAAACAGACUGUGACGUGAUAGCCUACAAAGACGUGAUUUUUGGACGCCCGAGAAAAAAAAAGAAAGAAAGAAAAAAAAAGUGGCCGAUGGGAUUGAUAGUGAGGCUACGCAGCGUCUUUCUCUGCCGCCACAUGGCUGAGGAAGGCGGCGGGACAACCAUGAGGAGGAGGAGGAGGAGGAGGAUGCAGCUGGGACGGUCGAUACUUUGCCAAACCAGGCGAACCAUUCUGCAGUUGUUUUGUUAUGUUUUAAUAUUAUAUUAUUAUUGUUCUGAUUUCAUUUUGAACCUAUAUAGAGGCUGGCCUCGUUAUAUUUCAAAAACACUUUCUCUGUGAAAGGACAGAGCGGGAAUUCUUUGACAUAACUGAGACAAAGACGGGGGAAAAAAAGACAAUAUUCGAAGUGUUUCUCCCUCUUCUGUUUCUUGUCCUAAUUCAAAAUGCCUCAGCAGUGUUUGCAUGAGUUUGUCUUCAUGGAUGACGUGAUGUGAGCCAUCUCUGUCCCCCACCCCGCCCCCCUCCCUCCUCUCCCCUCUCACCCUCUUUCUGAGGAAGGGCAACUCUCACUUGAAUGUUUGGCCUAUUUGACCUUGUUUGGACCUCCUCUGGUAAAGGUGAAACCAGGCGACACACCAGAAAUGUGAGAUUAUAAUAUAUGUGUAGGCUAUGCUGAACUUUGUGUCAGGAGAACCAGAUCUAGUGUCCAUAUUUACAAAGUGGUGAUUUGUCCCCCUUUUAAAGGAGAGCGUUAUGUCAUAAAUGCCAUCUUUACCACGGUAAACCAACGAACAAACGACAGUAACACGAGGACUGUAUGCGAACCGGUACGGGCACGUGUAAAAUAUGUUUAUACAUAAGAAACAUGCAUUAUUUUUAUUAUUUAGUGGCUUUAUGAAUGCCUUGUGGGGAAGUUGUUCAUUUUGUAUUUUACUUUAUUUCCGUGUAUUAAAAAUCACGUGCUUUCUGUAUGUAAUUUUGAUGUUUUUAUAACAGUGAAAGUGAACUUACCUGAGGCACGGGUUUCUAAAAAACAAAAACGAAAAAAAAAAAAAAACAUUCAUGAAAUUGUUUUACUUUUUUCCUCCAU